AUGCUUAACAACUUACCUACCAACCCACAUCCACCCACAUCCAGGCAUUCAGACCACCCAAAGGAAUUCAUCCCUUCCUUCUCACCCAUACCACCCAAGGGGAUUCAUCCCUUCCUUCUCACCCAUCCCAACCAAGGGGAUUCACCCCUUCCUUGUCACCCAUCCCACCCAAGGGGAUUCACCCCUUCCUUCUCACCCAUCCCACCCAAGGGGAUUCACCCCUUCCUUCUCACCCAUCCCACCCAAGGGGAUUCACCCCUUCCUUCUCACCCAUCCCACCCAAGGGGAUUCACCCCCUCCUUCCUUCUCACCCAUCCCACCCAAGGGGAUUCACCCCUUCAUUCUCACCCACCCCACUCAGGGGAAUUCAGACCCCCAUCAUUGCCCCUCACUCAAAUCAUCCUGGGGUUUCAGCGCCCACUCACACAAGGGGCUUCACACCCCUUCUCUCUCACUCACCCCGCCCAAGGGGCCCCUUCCCUCUCACCCACCCAACCCAAGGGGAUUCAGGCCCCUUCCCUUUCACCCACCCAACCCAAGGGGAUUCAGGCCCCUUCCCUCUCACCCACCUAA